CCUUCAUCAUUUUCACACAACACAAAAAACAAUGGCGUUUUCUUCUUCUUCUUCGUCGUCGUCUUCUUCGUCGAGUAUGCCUGCUUUCGAUGGUUCAAUGGCUUUCGCCUACAACGCAUCGUUCCCCUCUUCAUCGAUGGUCGUGUCCCGCGAAGAGUUCAACGCGUUUCACAGAAUCGACAGGUCCCUAUUCGCGCGUCUCGUCUUCGUUCUUGGCCGAGACAUCGCUCAGUCCGCUCAAGUCGUGGCCUUCUUCUUAUGGCUCGAACACUGCGGCCAAGCCAAGAACGUCGUCGCCUACUUGACCUCCUUGCCCGAUUCUUUCAUCAACGCCGUCGCUGACGAGGUUGUCGUCUGCUUAAACUGCCUGUGUUACGAGGAUUUCGCUCUCUUCGCCGUCAACUUUGGCUUCCACAGCAACUUCGAUGCGAUUCCUUUGAUCAAACGCCUGACCAGAAACCGGCUCACUCUCAGUUUAUUCCACCAGAACCGAGAAAACAUCCUUAAAGGGUUCACCAAGGAACUGAGAGAAGUGUGUAACCGAGCUUUCGAAGACAUAAGCGCGAGCGCAGACAGGUUUAAGAGGGAGAAGACGAUCGUGGAAGAGCGGAAGAAGGCGGAGGAGGAGAUUAAUCGGAUGAUGAUGUUCAGUUCUAUCCAUCGCGUCCCCGAUCAUGGCGGCGAAUCCAGCGUCGAAUCCGCGAUGCAGAAUCUUGUUUUGAACGAUCAACAAGACAGUAGCCACAAUACAAAUGCUCCUACUGAUGCAAAUACUAUGCCGCCUCCUCCUCCCCCUCCUCCUGUCGUUGAAACGCCAAGCACGGUUCUUAACAUCGGCGGGGGAAGCAGCGACUGCGGCGCGUCAGACGACCGAACUAUAUUCCUCACUUUCUCAAAAGGGUACCCAAUAUCCGAGCCCGAAGUCCGCAGCUUCUUCACCAGGAGGUUUGGGGAUGUGAUCGAUGUGAUUCAUAUGCAAGAAGUGGAGGGAAACGAGCAGCCGCUGUACGCGAGGAUGGUCCUGCAUUCGGGUUCCAACAUUCCCAUGAUGCUAAGCGGGCGGAGCAAGAACAAGUUCACCAUCAACGGCAAGCACGUCUGGGCCCGUAAGUACGUUCGGAAGGGCCCUAGGUCCCCGACCGACGCUUCCUCCUCUUAUGUCGGCUCUCCCUGACACCAGAACCGUGUCCAACCCUAGGGUCUGACCCCCCCUCUUCAGAAUAAAUAAUGUGUUGUGAUAGUUUGCAGUUGUAAUUUUCAGGUUUCGGUUAGAAGAUUACAGACCGUGGGAUUAUCUGGCUCAUAUUAUGAAUGCAAAACUCUUAUGUUUCUGAAUUCGGAGUUACUUUUACAUAGGGGAGAGAAAUAAGGUUUCUGCAUCUAAUAACAAUGGCGAAAUCUGCUUUUCUGCCACUGAAACCUACAAGUUUAUGCCUAUAUUUCCAACAGAUGAUUACAAAGAUCUCUGCAUGAUCAGAAUGAUGACGAACCACUCGAAAAAAUCGGAUUUCCUGAAGAAACCGGCUGUUGC